AUGCAGCUGGCCCAAGCACAAGCCGACAGCGGCCACUACAACCAAGGCCAAGUCGUGCUGGAUGUGGUCAUGCAAGCCCUCCUCCACGGCUUGGCAGAGUGUAAGGUGACUAUGUCGGGUGCGUCAGCGUACCAUGCCACGGGGCACGCCUUGCUCAAGCAGAAGACUCAGUCCCAUUACACCCAACCAGCCACCCACAUCGACGAAGCCGACGCGUCCAGCCAGAACAACAGCGCCAAGCGCAAUAUGCUCAAACUCGCGCUUUGA